AUGAUCAAUAACGCCGCAUUCCUACUCUUUCUUGCCACAGUCUUUUCUUCGGAAACUCUUGUCCAUGGAAAACGCCAAGUCCGAAGCAAGGCCACAUACGCUAAGGAACAAAACGACUUGAUUGAUUUGUCUAGAGAAUUCAACGACUAUGAAAUGAGACUUCUUCAAUUGAGUACUAGUUUGGACAGUGGUAACGGCAGUACCGAUGCACCAGGUGGCGGUGAUGGUGUCAUUACUGAUCCUCCAGCAGAUGGAGGUACAGAAGCGCCAGUAGAUGGACGCACAGAUGCGCCUGGAGACGGAGGCGGCGAUGCUGGCGGAGGCGGCGAAACUGAUGCUCCCGCCGAGGAUACCACGGCCCCAGUCACAGGUCGAGUGGAAACUCCAGCACCGACUAUUGCACCAACUGCUCUCAGUCCACCAACAGCCUUACCGACAAUUGCCCCUACCAAGAACACCGACUCCCGAGGAACUGGCGAAGACAGUGGUGGUGAUGGGGGAGGAAGUGCAGGAGGAGAUGGAGACAAUGGUGAUGGGUCUCCCAGCGAUUCUCCUGACAUACAAGCAUCAUCGGCUUUCAUUUCUAGCGUCACAACGUGUGCGACGUUGAUGGCCGUAAUAUGUGUUUCCCUUUUGUAA